CAUUGCCAGUGGCUACAGAACCUCCAAAACCCCAUCCUAAAAAAGCACCAGAGUUACCAAUCCUGGAGAGGAAAAACUGGUUGAUCUAUCUACUGUAUGUCCGCAGAGACUAUGACGAGUGUAAGGCUGUCAUCAAAGAGCAGCUCCAGGAGUCUCAUGGGCUGUGUGAAUAUGCGGUCUAUGUUCAAGCUUUGAUAUUCCGCUUGGAGGGGAAAAUUCAAGAAUCUCUUGAACUUUUUCAGACAUGUUCCAUUCUGAACCCCAGAAGCGCUGACAACCUCAAGCAGGUGGCACGAUCGCUGUGAGUGGUGUUUUAUUGUUUCUGUUUGAUGUGCCACCCAGGACCUUUCAGGUUUCUUUUGGGGAAGCACAAGGCAGCCAUUGAAGUGUACAAUGAAGCAGCUAAACUCGAUGAAAAGGACUGGGAGAUCAGCCAUAACCUGGGUGUGUGCUACAUGUACCUGAAACACUUCAACAAGGCACGAGACCAUCUAAACAAUGCCCUGGAGCUCAACAGACAUGAUCUGACUUACAUGAUGCUGGGGAAAAUCCACCUAUUGGAGGGGGAGACGGAUAAAGCCAUUGAAGUCUAUAAGAAAGCUGUAGAGUUUUCUCCAGAGAACACAGACCUCCUUACAACACUGGGGUUACUUUACUUGCAGCUUGGGGAUUACCAGAAGGCUUUUGAACACCUUGGAAACGCGCUUACAUACGACCCAGGCAACUACAAGGCUACCUUGGCGGCUGGCAGCAUGAUGCAAGCUCACGGAGAUUAUGACGUUGCCCUCUCCAAAUACAGGGUGGUAGCCAGCACCGUGCCUGAAAGCCCCCCGCUGUGGAACAACAUUGGGAUGUGCUUCUUCGGGAAGAAGAAAUACGUAGCAGCUAUCAGCUGCCUGAAGCGGGCAAACUACUUGGCUCCCUUUGACUGGAAGAUCUUGUACAAUUUGGGGUUAGUCCACCUCACGAUGCAGCAGUACGCAUCUGCCUUCCACUUCCUCAGCGCUGCCAUCAACUUCCAGCCCAAGAUGGGAGAGCUGUAUAUGCUCCUGGCAGUUGCUCUGACAAACCUUGAAGAUGUUGAGAAUGCAAAACGUUCCUAUGAGCAAGCUGUGGCACUGGACAAGUGCAAUCCCCUUGUCAACCUGAACUACGCUGUCCUGCUGUAUAACCAGGGCGACAAGAAAGGAGCCCUCUGCCAAUACCAGGAGAUGGAGAAGAAGGUCAAUGCGGUGAAAAAGAGCAGCACUCUUGACUUUGACCCUGAGAUGGUGGAGGUUGCCCAGAAGAUGGGAGCUGCCCUGCAGGUAGGGGAGAGCCUGGUCUGGACUAAGCCUUCUAAAGACUCUAAAUCCAAGCAGAGAGCUGCUCCGUCAGGGAAAUCCUCCAGCGCUCAGCAGCCUUUGGGCUCUAACCAGGCCCUGGGUCAAGCCAUGUCCUCAGCUGCGGGGUACGGGAAGACCAUGCAGCUGCCCCCAGGUGCUGGUGCAUCAGCUCCACUUGCAAAGCCUCCCUCACUGCCUCUGGAACCAGAACCGGGCUCAGAAACGAGCCCCGAGGAGACCUCGGCUGAGGAACCAAGGAAAGAAAAGUGCAAGAGCCGGCAGGCAGCGGACUAGGAGGGACUCUGGUCAGGACAGGCAGGUGCAGGAGCAUCUCCAGCGCUGCCCGUUGACUUGUGGGGAAAGGGACUUGCCCUCUCCCCCUACCCGCUGUCGGUUAGUCUAAAUGCAGCCCAUUUCUGUUAAUGAUUUUAGCACGUGGUCUCUACCUUGUCCCAAGGAGCCGUUGCAGCAAUCAGAAGAGGUUUCUGCAUAGCUUCUGUUAGUGUAGUCACAGCUUACUACAAGAGACUGGAGGAUGCAGAUCCAUCUCUCCUCAGCGUUGGUGGUCUCCAGUGUUCAGGUGUAAGUCCUCCAGAAGGAUGCUGAGGCAUCUGGUGUGUUUAGGGAAGCCAGCAGUCAUGACGUAGCAUCCUGGAUCCCAAAGAGAGGCAAACCCUUCCAGCGGCUGAACUUGUAAGUGGCUGAGGAAGGCCUGCGCAGGCUGCAGUUAGGUCAGUUAGCCCGAGAGGGGGCGACGAAGGUAGGACGCCUCACCAGGGCAAGUGCAGAGCAGUGAGCCAGGCUCAGGACUAGCACAGCUGGGCUUACUGUGAAGCAGGGGCUUGUCACUCCUCGUUUCACAAGGGCAAGACUUUGUAAACGCUUUCUCAAGGCCAGAGAAAGGAAGCUGGAACAGCUGGGAGCUGGUAUUCCUGAGCAGAGCAACAUCAUGGUCACAGGGCACCAGGGGCGCUUUAAAACCCACCCUUGCCUUCACAGCGGCACUCGUGAAACACAGGGGAGAUGCAUGGCAAAGGUGAGCUGGUUUGUCUUGAGGCGAUCGUUCCUGCAAUGUGCAACCCAGCAGAGGAUGGGUGGCCGAAGCAGCCCUCCUGCGCUGGGCCAACAGCUCGUGUGUUGGCCGGCCAACUGAGCCAUCUUCUUCAGGACUGUUCAUCUUCCG